AUGGCUGUCCUCAUUCUAUCGCUGCUCGCUCUCUCCUACUCUCUGGGCCAUGUUCUGGCCGCCUCGCUCCGAGUCUCGGUUAUGCCUUCGAACAUUCUUCCCAAUCCCAACGUCCUGCCAGCUUCGACGCAUGCUGUCUUAACUUCAGGCUCUGGACAACCCAUCAAGGCUGUCCUGCGCAAGGGCAAUUACUUUGAGUUCCCAGAAAUAUCCACCACCGGAUCACAUCUCCUCGACAUAUACAGUCACGAUUACGUCUUCGCACCCUACAGGAUCGAUAUCUCCCCCUCCUCCGACCCAGCCGGUACCGUCAUCGCAGGAGCUUGGGAAACAUACCGUGGAACACGAUGGGAUGACCGAGGAGUAGCACUCGUGGCCGCACCUACUGGGCAAUUGGACAUGUCCGCCAAGGUCCUGUCGAGGAAGAACUUUUAUGAACAGCGCCAGGGUUUCAACCCCAUGAGCCUGCUGAAGAAUCCCAUGAUCCUCAUAGCGGUUGUGGCCCUCGCUUUUACGUUUGGGAUGCCCAAGCUGUUGGAGAAUAUGGACCCUGAAAUGCGCGCCGAGUACGAGGAGAUGCAGAAAAAGAGCCCAAUGGGCGGUCUCACGCGCGCGAUGCAGGGCGGAGGCGGGGGUUCUGCCACAGAGAACUUUGACCUUGCGGGCUAUCUGGCAGGGAGUGGGAAAAGUACGGGCACCGACCGAAGCCCGGAGAGCAUCCGCGAAAGAAAGCGAUAG